UCUAUUGCCUGACACAAAUCACCAUAGUCAACAGGGGAGACUGCUGUGGGGUUAGACUGGCAGGUGCCAUUGUACGGGCUGGUGUGAAUUCGGAUCAGUCACAAAACACACAGAUAGGAGAUCCUGUCACAUCGACUCAAGCUACCAAUGGAGCAGUGAUUGAUUUCAUGGCUAACCCAACUGUAUCUGCUCGAUAUGUUAGCGUGGAAUUGUCUUGGAACUGCCUUCAACUGGCUGAAGUAAUGGUUACAACUGAGACGACGGGCAGUACCAUCGACAUUACUGGAAAACCAACCAGUCAGAGCAGUACUUACCUUGAUUGGUCAGCGAACAGAGCAGUUGAUGGAAAUCCCGACACAGCUUCCCACACAGAAUGCCCCAGUGUUCAGUGGUGGAAGAUUGACCUGCAGGAGAUCUACUCCUUGACCAAAAUUACUAUUGUCAACAGGAGGGAUUGUUGUGGAGAGAGACUGGCAGGUGCCAUAGUGCGAGCUGGAGUGAAUUCAGCUCACACUCAAAAUACGCAGAUUGGAGGUAAUGUCACAUCAAGUCAAGCUUCUAACGGAGCAAUGAUUGAUUUCCUCGCCAACCCGAACGUGUCCGCUCAGUACGUUAGUGUGGAAUUGUAUGGGUCUCAGUGCCUUCAACUGGCUGAAGUAAUCAUUGCUACUGAGACAACCGGCAGUACCAUCGAUCUUACUGGCAAACCAGUAAGUCAGAGCAGUACUUACCUUAAUUGGUCAGCGAACAGAGCAGUUGACGGAGAUCUCGGCACAGCUUCCCACACAGAAUGCCCCAGUGUUCAGUGGUGGAAGGUUGACCUCCAAGCGAUGUACUGUUUAACGAAAAUUACUAUUGUCAACCGGAGGGAUUGCUGUGGGGAAAGACUGGAAGGUGCCAUAGUGCGGGCUGGUGUGAACUCAGAUCAAUCACAAAACACACAGAUAGGAGAUCCUGUUACAUCGACUCAAGCUACCGAUGGAGCAGUGAUUGAUUUCAUAGCCAACCUGAAUGUGUCUGCUCGAUAUAUUAGUGUAGAGGUGCCUGGGUCUAAGUGC